UGGAGAAGGACAGCCAACACCUCUAUGGGAGCCAGGUGACCUCGAGGCUACGUUAGGAAGCAGUGUCUGGAGGUCGUGUAUGAGUGGACCUUCCUCAACACCUACUGGUCCCUGCACCAAGGUGUGCUUAUUCCUGCACCUGGGCUUCAACAGGUCCUCGAGUGGUCCUGCAGUCCUGCAUUCCUCUUUUGAAGAAAUAUGGCUCAGGCUAGGGAAGAAGCAGGGGACAGCCGGCUGGUAUCUGGUAGGGAGCUGUCAUCACACAUCAUCAGAGUGUCUGUCAAGACCCCACGGGACUGCCAGGAAUUUAUGUUGGCAGAAAAUAGCAGUGUCCACCACUUUAAGAAACAGAUCUCCAAACGCCUUCACUGUGACACCAACCGAUUGGUGCUCAUCUUCACUGGAAAGAUCCUCCGGGAUCAAGACAUCCUGAGCCAGCGUGGCAUCCUGGAUGGCACUACAGUCCACUUGGUGGUGAGGACCCGUCUGAAAGGAACUCUGCCUGGUCCUGGAACUCUGUCAGGCCCUGCUGGCCACUGCAUGCAUCGUUCUGAACCAUCCACCUCGGAGAGUGCUGGGAUGCUGGGCAGGCUGGGCCGGCUGGCCCGUAGCUCUCCUGAGCUGGCCGACUUUCUUGGCCAGCUGGCUCAACUCCUGAUGGCCGCACCUGAGUCGGUGGUGCAGUUCUUGGAAAGCCCUGUGGUUCAAGGCCUGGCAAAUGAGAAACCAGCCAAUACUAGCCAUACUCCCAAAUCCUCAAGGCUAGUACAGAAACCUGAACCAGCUCUUAAGGCUCUGGAAACCUUGCAGGACCCGUCCCGGCAACAGGAACUCCUGCAGGAAGAUAAGCGGAGGCUAGAGGCACUGAAGGUAGUGCCGGGCGGUGACAAUGCCAUGCGUCCAGUCUGCUCUGAUAUCCAGCAGCUCAUGCUCUUCACUCUGGCCCCACUGGUUACCUCCAAAGGCCACAACCCAGGUUCAGAGCUUUGCAAAGAGGUGGCCAGUGCUCACAUCGAUACUGACACUACUGCCACCAUCCCCACAGCCUUGGCCCCAGCAAGGCCAUUGGUGCAGAAGGUCAGGGUAGGAGAUGUUACCCAGGCCAGGGGCGUGGCCUCAAAUCAGGCCAAUUCAGGAUGUGGGACUGGUGUGCCAGAUGUCAACUCAAGUCAGGAUCUUCUCUCCCAGGAGAUCCAGCAGCCUGUAGGAAGAGCCCCUCUCACCAGUCAGCUGAGACCCUCACCCUCUGCCUUGCGUAGAGCCUUGCAUGUCCUGCAGCAAAAUCCAGCUCUGCUACACCAGUUGGCAAGUGGAAGCCCCCUGCGACAUCAUAUGUCACUACUUCCCAUCCUGACCAACCCACGUGCACUGCAGGCAUUGAUCCAGAUAGAAAAGGGCCUGCAGACACUGUCCAAGGAGGUGCCUGGGCUGGAACCUUGCUUAUGGGGCCCAGGUAGGUCACAUGGGACUAGAGAACCCCCUGAAACCAGGGGUGGAGGGCAGAUUCAGAGAGCAGAUUCUGUGCAGCCCACCUUGGCCAUUCUUCAGCUUCUCCAUGCAUUGUCCAAUGCCUGCUCCCAGUCCACACAAGCCUCAUUAUCUUCAUCCCUCCUCAUUGAAGGCUGCUACCAGCAAGAACUGGAGCAUCUGAAGGCCAUGGGUUUUGCUAAUCAUGAUGCCAAUCUACAGGCCCUCAUGGCCACAGGAGGAGACAUUCAUGCUGCCAUUGAGAGGCUGCUGGGUGUACCAGAGGCCCAGGUCCCUCCAGUGGAUGCCCACAGUGGAGAAGGAGGAAAAGGAAGGGGAACUGGAGGGGAGGGGAAGUAACAUAUUUUGAAUUCCUCUUAGAUCAUGUGCACACUUGAACAGCCCCCUUCCUCACUGCCCAAGCCUGUUCUACAUUAAA